UUUUUUAAAGAAAGUAAAAAAUAUACAGUGAUAUGAAAUUGAUGGAAAUCUAUCUUAUUAAAUGGCGUCCUAAAGUAACGUAAAAUUUCUUGGAAAAAGCAAAGAUUACAGAUGUUUUUUUUAUUAUUAUGAAAAUACUCGCUAAAUGGGCGUAAAAAUGUGCGAUUAUUAUAAAAAAUUGUAUGCAAUUAUGUUAUAAAUAAAGAAUGAUUAGGUUUGACACUUUGAUUGCUUAAUAAAUUGGUGCUUUAUCGUCGCUAGUGUAUCAGCUACUGAUAGUUUCUCUUUUUAAGAUAACGAUAACUUUUUGAAGAUAAAUUCUUUUAUAUUUACUAAAAGAUUAUCUGCUAUUCAUUAACUAUGUUAAUAUAUCCAGUCACCUUAAAUAAGGACAAGACGUUUAGCUAUGAACAUAUUUAAAAGAUGAUGAAUAAAAGUGCGUGUCGUGAGACGUGGUAGAAGAAUAUAAUUUUACAUAACGGUGUAUGCAGGUGGAGAACAGUGACCUUUCGGAAUAGUGUGUCAAGUUCUUAUUGUAUAAAAAAAGAAAUAAGGGAAAAUGUCAAAUGAUGUAUAUACAGAUAUAUGGUACGAUGUUAUUCCACUUCACCAUAGGCCAGAUUUAGUUAAAGAAUGUUGUAAAUUACUCAAUACAGAAUGGCCAAGAAGUGAAACAGCUCGAUUAAAAUCUUUAAGAGUAUCUUGUGAUGAAUUUCCUACGUGUCUGAUUUUAUUAGAUAGAGAAAGCCGAGUACUUGGUCAUUGCAAAGUUUCUUUGAUACCUAAAGUACGUCAUAGUUGUUACAUCGAAUCAGUUGUAGUUGAUAACAAAUCCAGAGCUCAAGGAUUGGGAUCUAGAUUGUUACGUGGGACAGAAGAAUAUGUGGCAAGGAAAGGUUUCAAAAUGGUAUACUUAAUAACAAAAGGUCAAGAACUAUUUUAUAUUAAAAAUGGAUAUAAGAUUUGUGACCCCAUCGAAACGUGUGGAUUUAGAAAAUUUGUACCUCCUAUUACCAAAACCGAAGCAAAGCAUAAAGAAAAAAUUACUACUUUUUCUGGUCCCCCACCCCCUCCAAUGCCACAAUUAGUAUUUGAAUAUUUUGAUAUAAGAAUGCUAUCUCAAAAAACACACAUGGUUAAAAAAUUAUGAUAAUUAUAUUUUAUAGAUUUUUUCAAAAUAA